GUUUGAAUUUAUUAUUCACCUGAUCAACUUGAAGAAACUUUUACUAACGUUUUUUUAUUUUUUCACUUUAAAUGUGAAACUUGUUUUCUAUCAAAUUAAUUAAUUUACCUUUUUGAUUAGUUUUUUCUCACUUUUCUUAAAAUUAAUUAAAUGUGACAAUGGUGAUGAUCAACAAAAAUUAAGUUAACUAUUUGCUUGGAAACAACAAUUACACCGAGAACAAAUAAUUCCACCAGAAACUAAAACAAUGGCUUUUGAUCAAUACGAUUUAGAGCAAAAAAUUGACUAUGAAAUAAAGAUGAGAGAGGGAACAACAAAGUUACUCGCUGCCUGUAAACAUGAGAUACAGAGUCUGGAACCAGCGAAAUCAUUAAUUACAUCAAAUGAACGGAUGAACGCCUACACCAGUGAGCUACAAAGAAGAAAACAAGCAGAAUCAAUCACCAUAAAAUCAAGUAAACAAUUGAAACCCUGCAAAGCCAAAGUCGCCAUCUCAGAUAUUCGAAUGCCUUUACUAUGGAAGGACAGUGAUCACUUUAAGAACAAAGGAGACUAUCGGCGUUUCUCUGUUUUCUGCUUGAUAAAAUGUGGAACUGAAGUUUACGACACUGUUCUAGUUAACAAUAUUGAUCGAAGUGCGACCGAUAUCAAUUUCGAUGAUAUAAUUGUUCUCCGUCACAUUCCCCAUGACUUUGAGUUAAACUUCGAGGUUUACGGUCGAUUGAUGCACGAUGAUCUCAGUAUUGCCUCGACGCCGAAAAAGCUUAAAAAGAAAAUCUCUUCCUCAGUGAGUCGAACUUUCGGUCGAAAGUUAGGAGCCGCAAUUAAAGAGGAACUUAACGAACCUUAUCCUAAAUUUGAUCUAUUGGCCAAAGCAUUAUUAAGAUUGGAGGAUUCGGAUGAGUCCAUUUGUACAUAUGACUUGGAAUUGGUCAAGGAAUCUAAUCGCCAGUCACAGUUACCUUUAUUUGGCCUUUUCUGUUGUCGAUUAGCAGUUCAACCUUAUUGUCUAACAGAAGAGCGAUUGAGUAGCUACUUGAAGGGCGAUAUUGAAACUACAGAUGAAAAUAAUACCAUCACAACGACAACGACAACGCCAACAACAACGACAACAACAACGACGACAACGAUAACGACCACAACCUCGAGUGAUAAGAACAACAAAAAAGAGGAUAAAAAGAAGCCCAUGUAUUGGGCAUCACUUGAAGCUUUUAAACUCUGCCUUUGGCGAAAGAAACUUUCAUCAGUAAACACUGAACCAUUGGCUAAUCGACGAGCAGGUCAACCUACUCUAAUUAUUGACAUUAAUCAAUUUACCGUUUGCAGAAAAGGUUCAGAUUCAAAAUCAUUCACACUUAUUAACACCUUAAACUUUAAUGGUAAAGAGAGUAAAGUUAAACAUACACUUUACGUGCUGAACAAAGAGGAUCGAGAGGUUUGGUUGAAUGUGAUUGAUGUUCACAUUAAAGAGCAUCGAGUUUGGGGUAAAUCGGCAGAAACACUGAUGGAAAUUCCUGAAGCAUCCUCAUCAAUUCAAAUGCCCAGUUUUCUCAGUCAAAGACUUCCGGGUUCAUUAUAUGACCAAACACCUUUACCAGAUAAAUUGAUUAAAAACUAUUCUACUUCAUCGAGUCCCAAUUGUUCAACUUACGAUUUACGAUCAAAGAAAAGUUCAGCCACGGGAUCACUUCGAUCACGAAGCUCAAGCCUCUCAUCGGAAACCGAUAGUAGCUCAACAUCGACCGCACAAUUAGGGACAAAUUCCCGUUGGGCUAAUACAUUCUGUUCGGGAAUUGAUCUUUAUCGAACGGUACAAUUACCAAGGAUAACACCUUUCUAUUGACGCGAAAGUUAAUCAAUCAGAAAAUCAAUUGAAACAAAAAAUGGAAACAACAUUAAUCUCUAUUGAUUCUGUUAAAUAUUUCAUCAACAAUUAAUAUUGUCUAAUCGUUAAUUGUAAUGUUAUUGUUUCUAUUUUGCAAUUAAUAUUAUCAAUUAACUUUAUCAUUAAUGAAAAUGUUCAAUUCUUUGUUAUCUUUGUAACAUUUUCAAUCGCAAUUCCUUAAUUGUAAUAAUUAUAUCAUCUAUUGCCAAAAACUGAUUAACUAUUACAAUCCCUUUCUUUGUCUUUAUAUUAUUAUUAUAAAAUAAUUAAUGUAUCAACAAUCAACUCAUUUUUGUUUACUAAUUGUAAGGAUAAAACAAAAAUCAACAAGGCAUUCAAAUUGUAUCAUUCACGGAUUUACCAAUCAUAAUUAUUAUAACAAUUAACUUACCAUAAUUAUUGAUUAACGUGCCUUAUAUAUAAAUAACAAUUUAAAUUACUA